AUGUUGAAUUGUUUUAUUCUAGCAGCAGCAGUACCUAAAGUGUCGCCUGUUGAUGCAGAAUGUAAGAGAUCUACUAAAGAAGUAUGUGAAAGUGAUCGUCUAGCCUGUCCAGAGAAUAUUGAUCAGCCCCCUACUGUCAGAACCAACACGUCAGACCGUCUGCGAAGUCUUCGAGAAGUUAUGAAGCUGUCUGGUUAUGAUGCAUACAUCAUUCCUUCCGAAGAUGAUCAUCAGAGUGAAUAUGUCAGUGAAUACGAUAAGCGGCGGAAGUAUAUCUCGGGAUUUACAGGAUCAGCAGGAAUUGCAGUAGUACUUCAGGCAGAAAAUGAAGGUGCUGCCCUCUGGACAGAUGGCAGGUAUUUUUUGCAAGCUGAUGAAGAAUUGGAUUGCAAUUGGUUGCUGAUGAGAUUAGGUCUGUCAAAAACGCCUAAAAUUUCAGAAUGGUUAUCAAGCAAACUUUCAGAAGGAGCAACUGUCGGAGUAGAUGCUAGGCUUAUCACCUACACAAGGUGGCAAAGGUGGCAAAAAGAACUCAAAAAAUAAUAUUACAGUCUGAUAGGAGAGCCAAAAAACCUUGUCGAUAAUAUUUGGACAGUUGCUCAAGGGCGACCUCAAGAGUCCAGAAAUCCCAUAUUUAUUCAAGAAUUAAAAUAUGCUGGGAAAAGCUGGGAGACCAAGAUGGCGGAUCUCCAAGAGGCACUAAAGGUUAAAGGUGCCAAUGGAACAAUUGUAACAGCUUUAGAUGAUAUAGCAUGGCUGUUCAACCUUCGAGGUAGUGACAUUCCUCACAACCCAUUCUUCAAAGCCUAUGCGUUUAUUUCACCAGAACAAAGCCGGUUGUAUGUUAGAAAAGAUAUAAUAACACCAGAAGUAAGAAAACACCUCAAACUUCAAGACUUCGACGAGAAAAACCACGUAUAUAUCGAAGAGUACGACCGUCUGGUCAGUGACAUUCCUAACGUUUUAGAAAAAUGCGAUAAGAUUCUAAUUUCUCCAAAAUCCAGUUACUAUGUUCACAGUAUCGUACCUCAGGAUAAAAAGGUUGUCGACGAGUCACCUAUAGUGAUGAUGAAGGUCAUCAAGAACGAGGUUGAAAUUGAAGGGAUGAAAAAUGCACAUCUGCGAGAUGCUGUUGCUCUUAUUGACUUCGUCUCACUGCUUGAGGAAGAGGUAAAAGCUGGGAUACCCUGGGACGAGAUUAAAGCAGAAGAAGAACUAUCGAAGCGCCGAUUGGAACAACCUUUGAACAAGGGAGACAGUUUCUCGGCUAUUUCUGCAUCAGGACCCAACGGAGCUGUUAUUCAUUAUUCAUCAAAGCCGGAAACAAAUAGAAGCAUUGACACAGAAAAUAUUUACCUUUUGGAUUCUGGUGGCCAGUAUAUAGACGGAACCACCGACGUUACAAGAACAUUUCACUUUGGAUCACCUUCCGAUUUCCAAAAGGAAACGUACACCAGAGUUCUGAUGGGAGCAAUUGAUUUAGCAUCAUUCGUUUUUCCCGACGGAACACGAGACAAAGACCUUGACAUUUUGGCCAGGAAAUACUUAUACGAAGCAGGUCUUAACUAUAACCAUGGAACCGGUCAUGGCAUAGGUGCCUUCCUCAGUGUUCACGAAUUUCCUCCACGAAUCUUUUCAACUUAUCCAGACAUUAACGUGGUACUCAAAGCUGGAAUGUUUUGUUCGGAUGAACCAGGAUAUUACGAAAAAGGACAGUUUGGAAUUCGUUUGGAAAAUAUCAUUAUGGUUACAGAAGCUAAAACUGAAUAUAAUUUCGGCGGGAAAACCUACUUCACAUGGGAUCCGAUUACUGUAGUUCCGUUUGAGCCUAAUCUUAUCAAGAUUGAAAUGCUGAAUGAACACCAGGUCAAUUGGUUAAAUGAUUACCAUCAAAAGGUGCGCCAUCUGGUGGGUAAGGAACUUCUAGCGCAAGAUAAGAGAAGAGCUUACGCCUGGAUGAUGAAUAAAACUGAACACAUUCCCUACCACCCAUGUCAGCGUUUGGUUAAAAAUCUGGAAUAGCUAACAAAUAGUUUCGACAGCUAUACUGAUUAAAUUGUAAAUUUAUUUUCUUAUAACUAUACAAAUAUUGAACUUUUGCCAACAUAUUUUAAUGCUGUUUUUCAUUGUGAAGUUUGUUUAUUAGAUAAAACUUGCGUAGCAAAGGUUUUUGUUGUUGUUUUUAAAUCUCAAAGAUUUAUAUA